UAUGGUUUAGUUACAUAACUGCCAACUUGUAGAAAAAAAAUCAGCGCGUAAAAAAUAAACGUCGGGUUUACCCUUUUUUAUGAAAUCAACCGUUUGUUUUCUGUUCCUGAACUCCCUAAAUUAGUGUGCACUUAAAAUGAAAUAGAUAUAUAUUUGAAAGUUAGUGAAAGCAAGAAGGAACGUUCCAGUGCAAUCUGGUGCAGGAAUAGAAAACAAGCCUCAAGUCUUUUGUUGACGUUCUUGAUGUAAGUUAAGUUAGGUUGUGUCGAACAUGUACCAUGGUAGUUUUGGCGGUAUCUUGUCAAUCUUGAAAUUACAUCAACAAGUUACACGUAUAUAGUUUUCCUACAAUAGGUAUUUACAGGAAUCUGUAGAAAUGAUGGUCAAAUUGGAAAAGAUAAUAAGCUGUUCCUCGGAACACCCACAGUAUCCUGCCGCCAAUCUUCUCCAACGCAAUUCAGAGAAUUGGAAAGCUACGUGGCGAUGCAGCAAACCAGGAGAAAUGUUAGCACACGUCAUCUUUCAGCUCGCUGAACCUUCUUACAUUACUGGAGUCGAUAUUGGCAAUUAUCAGAGUUGUGUUGUGAUUGUUACUGGCUCUACAUCAAUGGAACCUGACAACUGGAUAGUUAUCAUUAACCACAAAUUUAUGACCAAUAAUGAAGCUGCAGAUAAUAAGUUUAAGGAUCAAGUUCAAUUAUUUACUAAAAGAGAAUUAAAUCCAGAUAUUUUGAAGAUGAAAUUUGAUCGUAUCAAAGUUACUUGUAUGCAAUCGGCUAAUUUAAAAGUAUUGUUUGGAUUAUCAUACAUUAUUUUAAGAUCAGAUCCCAUAAUUGACUUAGGCUUGGAUGCAUUUGGUAAAUUUAAAUUGAAACAACCUCAUGUCGUAAAAACACCCAUGGAAAUGAUGAAAGAAAAGAACCUUAACAGAACUGAAAAUAUAAAGACAGAUUAUAAGAAAGAAUUGUAUGAGCAAAUAAAAAAGGAUUCAAUGGAGAAUUUUAUUAAAUCUCAACAGGAACAAAAAAGUGUCAAGAGGCCAUUAUUAGAAAAAUUAGAAGCUGGAGAGGCUGAUCAAGUUUUUGGGAAACAUGAUAAGACUCAAUCACAAUGUCCAAAAGAUAAAGAAAAGAUGUUUUAUAAAAGUCCUAAAAAUAUUCAAAAUGUAUCAGAGGAAAAAGUAGUGAGAACUCCUUUUGGAGACAUUGUACCUUCACGAAAGACUGAUACUAAUCAGAAUGAUAUCAAAAAUGCUACUCAAGGUCCUUCAAAUUCUAAAAAACGCUCUUUGAUUAAAUUGGAAGAUUCGCCAAAUGCAAAACUUGGUGAAAGAAAGAAACAGAGAUGUUCGGAAUGUUGUACUGAUUCACAGGAUCAACUAUGUGCAACAUGUCAACGAUUGGUGCAACCUAAAGACAUCAAAAAUGCUUCUUUGAAAGUAAGCGACAACGUUCCUGUAAAACUCAAAAAACCAUUCAAACAAUUGUUCAGCAACGUUACAUUCUCUCUUAGUGGAUACGUUAAUCCACAGAGAGAUGAAAUUAGAAGAAAGGCUCUUAAUAUGGGUGCCAGAUACAUUCCUGAUCCAAAUACAACUAAUAAUAAAUGCACUCAUUUGAUAUGUGCUUUUAAAAAUACACCGAAAUACCAACAAUUCAAAAAUCAUACAAAAAUUGUCUCUCAUACUUUCAUUGAGGAAUGUUUUGAUAAAAAGAAGAGAUUUCCAUGGAGGCGAUAUGCUUUAGAUCAGAAGGACAAAUUGCAACCUGAGAGCGAAGAAGAAAUUGAUGGUGAUUACACGGAAACUGUAUAUGACAUGGACACUGAUGCCGAUUCAGAUUAUUAAUAUUUCAGUUGAAUUAUAUUAUUAGAAUUGUAUUGCUCAGGGUCUUUAAUUUCUCUAAUAUUUGUAUAUUAUGAUAACUGUUAUAAUUGACAUUUUUUUAAAUUCUUAAUAUCAUUUUUAUGUAUAUAUAUAAAUUGUACCCCUCACAUUUGUACCCCUCACAUUUGAUGCAACAAGUUGGAUAUGUGUACGAUUAAAGCUAUAUUUUUGUAAUACUAUGAAAUUGAAUAUAUCUAAAUAUUAAAAUUA